AUGGCAGAGAAAUUCAUUCAACAACUACCACAUAAUAAUGAAACAUUCGAACAACAAUGGUGUUCAAUAGUCGAACGUCUAGAAAAUCUUUUCAACGAAUGCAAUCAGAAAAAGAAUGAUAUUCAAGGUCACAAAGUAAAAGCACUGGAUGCUCUUGCUGAUUAUGUUCUUAGUGAUUCACCAUCACUGAAACCUUUUAACAUGAAAUUCCUUUUUAUUGAACGGGUUGCAAUGCUAUGUGCUACUGAACCACAACCGGUACUUGCUGAUCUCGUACUCAUCUUACGACGUAUUCUUGAUCAGCCAAAUAUUUUUAAUGAAUGGCAUUUUUCUUUUAUCGAAGAGAUUUAUAAAAAAUUCGAAAUUGGUACGAGAUUAUCAGAAAAGCCAUCGAAGGAUUUAAUUGAAUCGAUUCUUAAAAGUCUACAAAAACAAUCAUUUUUAAUAGAAAGCUCAUAUACAGAAUGCGAAGAUAGAUGGAUAGAUUUUUUUACAUAUUUCAUGUUUUCAUCAGGCUCGUAUGCAAAUAAUCAACUGGCUACUGAAGCAACAAUGCUUGCAGUACGUCCUGCUUUUCAACAAUUUUUCGGAUAUGCUGUCCAAAUGUCUUCUAAAUCGAAUGUUUGGUCCAAAGUAGCGUACUUAUUGCAAAACGCAUUACCAAAUCUUUUCGAUAGUUCUGCUAACCCAGCCGAUGCAUUAGCAAUCAUUGAGGAUAGUGACUCAUCUGUAUCGCGUGAAUUUCUACGAUCAGUUGCCAAAUCAUACAAGGAUAAUGUGAAUCAAUUCAAAGCAAAUUUUUCUCAUGUUUUAACAAUCAUUGAACCACUUGUCUUAGCCAAUCGUGUUUAUGAUGCCAGAGAUUUUAUGGAGGAAACGAUUGAUAUACAUUUUAAGACUGCAGUUGAUAUUGGUAUUCUAGUUGAAAUGUUUAUUCGUGUAUGUGAAAAAGUGAAUGUUACUACUCGAGGUGAACUAUGUGAACAAAUUAUUUUUUCUCUUUCAAGAACUUUGGAAAAUACAAAAUGUAAUAAAACAUUGGCACCACUUUUGUUCGAUUUUGCUAUUGUUAUACUUGAUUUAAAAGUAUUUGAAGCACCACAAUAUUUGGCACCACGUUUUAGUCAUGUUGUUCGAUCAUGUGCUGCUUAUGAUAUCAUUGAUGAUGAAGAUCAUUUUAGUCAUCUUCAUCAUCUUGAAGGAGUUCUCGAAUUGACUUUUGAACGAUCUAAAGUUUGUCAAAAUAUUGUUCAAGCUACACAUAAUGAAGCAUUACAAGCUAUUCUACGUUGGUUAGGGCCUGCCAAGCCUAUCAAGAAGGUUCUAUGGUGUUCACACGUGUACAGAAUGGGACGAAAUAUGGUAGACUUGAUUGAUCAACGACAAGUUAUCGCUGAUGUAUGUGGUCAACUAAUUGAAGCAUUGCAUAAGAGAAUAAUAAAAAACAAAGAAGACGACGAUGAAGACCAAACUGAUGAUACGCAUGAAGAUUUUUGUAUUACAUUGGCAUCAAAAUUGGCUGACUAUAUUGAAAAACUGAAAUCACUUCCUCAAAAAGUUCAUCGUCAAAUUGCUUCGUUUAUUUUAGCUGCUCUUGCUCUACCAUUGAAAUGUGAAAGUGGAGAAGAAUCAUGUGCACGGAAAAUGGCUAAAUUGAUUUGGCUUGUAAUUGGUCUGUGUAUAAAAAAUGAGAAUGAAGCUCGUUUUUAUGAACAAUGUCUUAAACAAAUACAUUCACUUGCACAUGAAUAUGAUGAAGAGGAUUUCUUCCAAUGGUGGAUGACCUUUUGGAGUGCUGUCGGUAUCCAAACACCUUCUAUAGCCGCCAAUUACGUAGAAGAUUUUCUAAGUGAUCUACUCGAUCGAAAACGUAUUGAUCUUUGUGCAAUUCUUCCAAAACUCUACCCGAUACGACCAGAACCAUUUCAUUCUCGACUCAGUAAUUUGGUUGAUGGGAUCUUUAGUAAUGACCAAGCCUAUUCAAUAUCUGUAUCGUACCUUUUUUCGAUUGUUGGUAAAGAGCAUCCAGAAUUAUUUACAUCAAAACAUGUUGAUCAUGUAUUUGCUUCAAUGAAAUCUUGCGCAACUAAAUCUGAUGGUCUUAUCCCUAUUCUUGAAGCACUAGGCUUUGUUGCCAAUGCACAACCUCAUCUUUUUCAUAAACAUCAUGAUCAACUCUUGCAUCUUGUUUCUAAACAACAAAAUGUAUCAGCAUUUCAUUGUCUUCAACAAUAUUAUGUUGCAUCAACGAUUGUUAAUGAAGGAAAAACAGCCAAUGAAUAUCUCACCAUUCUAAUCAAUAUCCUUAGACAAAAUAGUAAAAUGAAGAAUGAUAUUCGAAAGCAAAUCUUUCAUGUUUGUGAAUUAAUUGGUGUCAUAAAUAAACAAGCACUCGAAGCUAAACGAAAGGAUCUAGUCGCAUUUCAAACGUAUGCUGAAUGUCGAUUGUUGCUCGACUUUAUUUAUGGCAAAAAGCUAAGUGCCGAAAAUCAAGAAGUACUCAAUCAAACACGACAGGAAAUCGGUCAAAUGGAAAAGCUUGUCGUCAAAACAGGAAAAUAUGUACAAAAUGUCACAACAGUUGUUAGACGACAAGAAAUUAAUGUCACAAAUCUCAAUACACGAGUAAAAAAAGUUGAUACGAAGUUGAAUAAUGUAAAUGAACAAUUACAAGUACACACAAAUGAAAUUGAACGUAUCGAUGCCAAAACAUUGAGUCAUAUUCCUACGGAAUGGGGUGAUCAAGUGAGCAAAUUACUUAAUCAUAGAGCAGAUAAUGAUUGGCGACUACUCGGCAAACGUUUUGGUUAUUCGACAAGUGAAUUAAGACAUUGGUCCAUGCACGCUAAUCCGUGCAUGUCACUUCUUAAUGAAUGGUUUAUGACAUAUAAAGCAGACGAAGCGACGUAUGGACUUGUGAAAAUGCUCGACGAGAUCGGACGAAAAGAUGCUUCAAAAAUUAUUCGACAAGCAGCUGCUACUGCUGGCGAACUUAUUCCUGAUGAUAUGCCAUUCGAGAUCAAACGUCUUCCACAAAUCUUUCUCUCAUAUCAAUGGGGCGCUCAAAAAGCCGUCAAAACACUUAAGCAAAAUCUUGAAGAAGCUGGUUAUGCUUGUUGGAUGGACAUUGGACAAAUGGGGGGGUGGAGAUAA